UACAGGGGAGGUAUUUGAUUAUCUAGUUGCACAUGGAAGAAUGAAGGAAAAGGAAGCAAGAGCAAAAUUUAGACAGAUCGUAUCUGCAGUGCAGUAUUGCCAUCAAAAGCAUAUUGUUCACCGAGAUCUCAAGGCUGAAAAUCUAUUACUUGAUGCAGACAUGAACAUUAAAAUAGCCGAUUUUGGUUUUAGUAACGAGUUUACAGUUGGAAAUAAACUGGACACAUUUUGUGGCAGCCCUCCCUAUGCUGCUCCAGAACUCUUCCAAGGCAAGAAAUAUGAUGGACCUGAAGUAGAUGUUUGGAGCUUAGGUGUCAUUCUUUAUACUCUUGUGAGUGGAUCUCUACCUUUUGAUGGACAGAAUCUAAAGGAACUGAGAGAGAGAGUGCUAAGAGGAAAAUACAGGAUUCCUUUCUACAUGUCAACAGACUGUGAAAACCUCCUAAAACGUUUCCUGGUGCUAAACCCAACUAAAAGAGGCACUCUUGAGCAAAUAAUGAAGGACAGAUGGAUCAAUGCAGGACAUGAGGAUGAUGAACUUAAACCUUUUGUGGAACCAGAACUAGACAUCUCAGACCAGAAGAGAAUAGAUAUUAUGGUUGGAAUGGGAUAUUCUCAAGAAGAAAUUCAGGAAUCUCUCAGUAAAAUGAAAUAUGAUGAAAUCACUGCUACAUACUUACUACUGGGGAGGAAAUCAUCAGAGUUGGAUGCUAGUGACUCAAGCUCUAGCAGCAACCUUUCUCUUGCUAAAGUCAGGCCAAGUAGUGAUCUCAACAAUAGCACUGGACAGUCUCCACAUCACAAAGUUCAAAGAAGUAUAUCUUCUAGCCAGAAGCAACGAAGGUACAGUGACCAUGCUGGUCCAUCUAUUCCUCCGGUAGUAGCAUAUCCAAAAAGAAGCCAGACUAGUACUACUGACAGUGACCUCAAAGAAGAAGGGAUUCCAUCAAGGAAGUCUAGCAGCAGUGCAGCUGGAGGAAAAGGAAUUGCUCCUGCUAGCCCUAUGCUUGGGAAUGCAAGCAAUCCAAAUAAAGCUGAUAUUCCUGAACGUAAAAGAAGUUCUGCUACACCCAAUAGCAACACUACACCUGGAGCCAUGACACGACGAAACACUUAUGUUUGUAGUGAACGAACAACCGCAGACAGACACUCAGUAAUUCAAAAUGGCAAGGAAAGCAGCACCAUUCCUGAUCAAAGGACACCAGUUGCUUCAACUCAUAGCAUCAGCAGUGCAACAACACCUGAUCGUAUCCGAUUCCCAAGAGGAACUGCCAGUCGUAGUACUUUCCACGGUCAGCUUAGAGAGAGGCGCACUGCCACGUAUAAUGGACCCCCUGCAUCACCUAGUUUAUCUCAUGAAGCAACACCACUUUCACAGACACGAAGUAGGGGCUCCACUAACUUGUUCAGUAAAUUGACUUCAAAGCUGACUAGAAGAAACAUGUCAUUCAGGUUUAUCAAAAGUCGUAACGUGGCUGUUGAUCAGAAGGAUGACAACAAAGAAGCCAAACCCCGUUCACUACGAUUUACUUGGAGCAUGAAAACUACCAGUUCAAUGGAUCCUAAUGAUAUGAUGAGGGAAAUUCGCAAGGUCCUGGAUGCCAAUAAUUGUGACUAUGAACAGAGGGAACGUUUCUUGCUUUUCUGUGUCCAUGGGGAUGGCCAUGCAGAAAACCUCGUGCAAUGGGAGAUGGAGGUGUGUAAGCUACCCAGACUGUCCCUGAAUGGAGUUCGCUUUAAACGGAUAUCGGGAACAUCCAUAGCUUUUAAAAACAUUGCUUCCAAAAUUGCCAAUGAAUUAAAGCUGUAAUGAGAAAAGCAAUCAAGUUUGUAAAUUAAGUAGCAAUUUCAAGUGGUUUUGUUUUGUUUUUGAGAACACCAAUGUAAUGUAUAGAAUACUUAGGGCAAUAACUUCUGCAUCUUCUGGAUCAUGAUAUUCAAACAGUUCAGACAAGCUGCUGAGCUGGGAGGGAAGUUGGACUUUUUUUAUAAGUGCACUACAGCAUUAAAGUUGCCUAUGUAAAAUAUUCCCUUCUGCUUUAUUUCCAUUGCUCUGAGUCUUGGCGAACAAUCUGAAACACACCAUGUAUACAUUUGGAUAUUCCUCUUGUUGUGUGGAUGUGUGGAUGUACAGUAUGUGUGUAUAAUUAUAAUAUAAAAGUAUUAUGUGUAAACAAUUCAUUAAUAGCAUCAGAGCUGUACCAGUACCUCUCUGGGGUUAAUUUUGGUGCUAAAAUUGAAAUGGCCAAGGUGAAAGCCCUUAAGAAUACUAAAUAAUCAGUAAACGCAAGUUUCAAAGUUCACUGUUGUGUUUAAAAUUAUGAAGGUUUGGGUUUAUGGGUGUGAACGUUAUUCCUGUGUUUUUUUUUAAUUAAUUUUCAUGACGUAAUUUAAUUUUUUCCCCAAAUCAUUCAUUCUUCCACCUAUUUAUUAUUAUUUAAGCCUGAAAUCAGUUUAAAUUACUUAAUUGUGAUAAUUAAAAUUGUGGGGAAAUGCUUCAAGUUUUCCUUUUUUUCUUUGCUGAGCAGGUUGAGCAUUUUAUCCUCAUCUUGUUUUUUUCUAGUACAGAUUAUUUUUUAAAAUUUACUUGAAAAGUUUGCUCUCAAUUCCCAUUCAUUUCAGUGAAGCUGGUACAGGGAAAACCUCUUGUUGAUGAAAUCCUGUAGAAACAGCCUGAACAAUCGAUAGAAAUUUUGCAUUUAUAAUAAUUUAUACUGAAGCAAAAACAUGUAUUCAGACAUUUCUAGUGUGACAGAAAUUCCUGUGGCAAAAUAACUAGGUCAGAUCAGCAAAAAAUUAUCAAGAUCAAGAAAAUUCUUGAAUUCCAAUAAUUUUACUUUCUUGUAGUUAUUAUCCAAUGACUGAUAAUAUUGAUCAUAAACAAAACACCAUCAGCAUCGUUUUCAAAAGUGUAAAAGUAAGAAAGUACAACCUGCCCGGUCAGGAUUUAUGUUUUAGAUUAGUCUUCCCCAACUGGAUUCUGUCGAGAUUUCAGCAUUGGUUAUGCAGUUAGAAAUUGUAAAGAAUAUCAGGGAGAUUAAAGGAUUGAGGAAAGCUAUUCUAAAUCUACCUAAUGGUGUCUCAGUUUUGUCAGGCACAUUCAGUGGCCUAAACUUCCUUAAAGCCUUGUUGCUGGUCCAGUCUUCCUUUGUCAUCAAUUGCAUCUUAUACAGAAAAUUCUGCACUUAGAGACAAAAAGCUGUUGAAAAGGGGAGGAGGGAAGGUUGCCUGCCAGUGACAAGAUAGCUCACAAUUUCCAUUUGGAAAUACUUCUCUAAAUCUGUACAGGUUUAUAUGCUUUCUUGCACAGCUUCAUAUCUAAAAAUAUUUUAGUCACAUUGCCUUGGAGUUUAGACAGGGAUUGUAAAAGGCUUAAAUUUUGGCUGUUAUGCUGGGUGCAUAAAUCCAAUCCCUGGACUUUUAUCUAAACUUCUAUUUUCUAAGCUUUUGACAAAGCUUCAGAUGUUCAGUGUAGUUGUGAUGACUAAAACUCUUUUUAAGAAGGUUUGCUGAUCCUGCAUUGCAGGUGAUACUAAGGAAUUUUUAGGGUGUACACAACUACAUGAAUUGGCUGUAACUAUCUGCCUUUUUUCAAACUGCUAUCUCCUUUACUGGUCCCUACUAAACUGGAUGUAGUUUGUCUAAAUCAAAUCAUAGGGUGAUAUAAUAUUUUCUGCUGACUGUAUCAAUGUCUUCUGAUUCAAAUUCAACAGGAGCUUAAUUAUCAUGUAUUAGAUAUAUGGUCUGGCAAAAAGCUUCAUUUAAAGUGCAGUGAGUUGAAUUAUAAUAUUUCAUUUCAUUUGGAUGCACCCAACUAAAGUCCAAUCCAGAAUGGUAAUACAGAAUACUGAAUGUUUCAGACAUUUUUCAUUUAUGUGUAAUUCUUCCUUGAAACCUUGUAAAGAUGUUAUAUUAAUCCUGCAUUGCUGUAGUAUAGCAUAAAAUGACUGACUUCUAUUUUAAAAAAGAAAAGAACAGUAUUCUGUAUAGAGAUAUAAUUAUAACAAUUGUUCAACAGUGGCUGUAACAAGUACUGAUCCUCCAUUUUGUCAAAGCAAUAAACAGCAUUUCAGGGCAAUUAUUUAAAACUUCAGGUGAGUAUCCAUCUGUCCUGUUAUCUUUCCUGUUUAAAUCUUUUUAAGCUAAUUGAACUUUUUAAUGCAUAAAAAUUGCCCAUUUUUAUAUUCUGAAGAGAGCCAGGCCAAAAGUGAAGAAUAAAAAGGAUGUUUCAAGAUGAUAAUAAAAUAUAUUCUUUAGAAUCUGCAGGCUUGCUGAAUGAGAUUUUACCAUGUUCAUAAUUUCUGUGCUGAAGAUAUUCUGCAAUACAAACUUUCCAGUGAUGCUAUAGGUUUUCUAAUAAAUUUGUCACCUGCCAUAA